UUUGCCUAUCUGACGUCGCGUGUUCUUAUUGGUCACAGGACGAACCGGAGAAACCUAACUGGUCAUUCAAUUUUGUAAGCCAAUUUUAAAGUCUCCCGUCGAAAAACCGUCACCAUCUUUUCGUUCUUUUCCCUUUGAUCGGAUCAGUCAUGGCAGACGAGAUUGAACUGAAAACAGCCCCAGCUGACUUUCGUUUCCCUACAACAAAUCAAACUCGACAUUGUUUCACCCGCUAUAUUGAGUUUCACAGGUGCUUGGCUGCAAAGGGUGAAGAGUCUAAUCAAUGUGAGAGAUUUGCCAAAUACUAUCGUUCUCUUUGUCCUGGGGAAUGGGUUGAGAGGUGGAAUGAGCAGAGGGAGAAUGGUACUUUCCCAGGUCCUCUGUGAUCGUACAUUGGAAAUUAGGUGACUCUUCUUUGGCAUGGGAAAAUUAUAUUGCUCUCUUGAUCUUGUCUUUAGCUAGUUUCAAUGUUCAUCCUUGAAAUUUUCAAAUUAAUAAGCUACAAAUUGAUGCACUAUGGUCGUGAGUCAGUAAAAAAUUGGAAUGUGCCCCGAUGUUUUUAUUAUGUCUUAAUUCAUGAACCUGCUUUUCUGUCUAUUGUUUCCUCUUCAUUUACAGUUUAGUGGCGUGUCUUGUUUUUGUGAGGAGCAAAUUCUGGUCCCAACAAACUGAGUCAGGGUUGAACACCAUUUAAUCCAAGCUUUUACAUUUAUGUAAUUGUUCAUCAAGUUUGAGCUUUCAUUGAUCAUCAAACUCAAAUUUAUAUGCUUGAGCUUGUGUAUUCA